AGACAAGAACGAUAGAAAAUGGCGAGUCAGUGUAAAAGGCAGCAAUGCACAAUCGACAGGCGCGGCUUUCGGCAGGAACUUGACUCUUGGCGACACAAACUAGUUCACUGUGUAGGUUUUGAGAGCAUUCUCGAAGGUCUGUUUGGUCCAGAGCUGGUAGAAGACCUCACAUUAUUUAAGGACUUUGAGCCGACAGCCGUGUCUGACUGGUCAUUUGAUGAAAAUUGUCUUUUCUGUUGUUUGAGACGAGACAAAGUAAAGGAACACCUAAUUGGCUUAAGCAACGAGGAGCUUGAAGAUACAGCUAAACCUCUCCUCGUUAAAGAUCCAAACACAAUCAACAAACUAGAGAAACAAGCUGAGGAAUUUCUCAAUGCAGUCCUCAGCAAAAAAGAUGUGCCAAAUUUCUCUGACCCACACAUUCCAGUAGUGGCUCGAGAAAUCCUUCAGAGAAUGAUCCGACAGUUCGCUGCCGAAUAUACCUCAAAAACCAGCUCCCCUCAGGACAGUGGCUCUGAUUCCCAGCCUUGCUUUGACCAAAGCCCACCCUUGCUCUCAGGGGCUGCUCCUUCUACCAGCCCUGCUGCCACCCUGGCUGUGCCUGCACACAACCAGAACCCCGUCCUCAGCAAGCUCCUCAUGGCUGACCAGGAUGCUCCUCUUGACCUCACCAUCAAGAGGCCCCUGGCUGUGCCUCGUGAACAAGAUGGAGUUCUGGACUUAUCUAUCAAAAAGAAUCGCUGUAGCAGCAGCAGCAGCCUGCCUGUCCGUAGUCCCUGCCUUCUCCAGCCACAUCCAUGCUCAAAGGGUAAGAUGGCUUUCUUUUUCUUUGUCGCUUUAGUCUCCAGUCUGCGAUCCUUGAGAGCGGACGGGCAAGUCGGGCUGUUUAUGAAGAGCCUACAGGAUGGGAGGAGGAGGGAGAAUAUCAGCCACUCCACCCGUUAUAAGCCUUCCUCGUCUCUUGCAUACGCGCUGCACAUCAAAGAGGAGCCAGAUCUGGAGAGCGACCCAGAGUCACCUCUCAGCCGCAGCUCCAGACCUACUGACCUUUUCAAAAAUGGAUCUGCUUCCUGGAAUUCCAAAAGUAAUUUUGGGGCCCUGCUCAAACUCAAAACCAACAGUGAGGCUAGUGAGCACCUAAAAGACAUACCCAGGUUGUUGGAAGCUGCUGGACUUUGGUCAAAGUCACUUGCCUAUGAGAAAGGAAACCUCCAGGAGGCUUGCAGGGACCACGGCCUCUCGCUUUCUCAUUCAUCAUCUUUUGACCUCAAGAUUCCCCAGGUGCGAGUUUUGGCAACAGACCCAUCUUGGGAUUCCCUGUCCACUGUGUAUUCAGGAUUAGCUUGUGAGAACAGUCUGGGAAAGGCACUUCGUUCCAUUCUACCAAGGCAGAUCCAGAAAAAGAGCAGUGGUGGUUUCAGUAGCUCAGGUUCAGAGAAGGAAUUCUGGCCUCAAGACACUGAUCGCAAAGCCUUGCGGGGAAGCUAUCCUCUGGAUUCAGAGUCGGACCUCAUUAACAAGCAGCCAAGGAAGAAACGUGGGCGAUACAGACAGUACAACACUGACCUGCUCGAGGAGGCUAUUGAUGUGGUGAUGGGUGGGAAAAUGAGUGUGUCUAAAGCCCAAACGAUCUAUGGCAUACCACACAGCACCCUGGAAUACAAAGUUAAAGAGCGACUGGGGACCUUAAAACAUCCACCCAAGAAGAAACUGAAGCUGAUAAAGAUAGAGGAGCAGAGUGUUUCACAUUCCCCAGAGAGGAAAGAAUUACAGAACUCCCAGCACAUUGUUUCUGAGAAAAGAGAGGGUACAUCUGAAGAAAACGGAAAUGAUUUCCAUGAUGGAAGUCUCUCAUCAAAUGAGUGAUUUAUAAUUGUAAAGUACUUGUAAAUAUGUACUUUCACCAGACAGAUAUUGCAUUUGCCAGACAGUGGUAGUAGCUGACUUGUUUUCCCAUACAACCCUAAUAAUUGUAUGUAAUAUUUAUACCAAAAUACCCCUAUUUAUUAUUACCUUAUUUUAUUUUACCAUUGUAAACACUCAAAAUGUCUCCCUGCCCUAGAUAUUGUGCCUGGAAGGCAUACUUGCUAUUUUGUAAUUAUAAUAUACUACAGUAUAUUGUAGAUUUAAUUUCAGUUUAUUUAUUCAGGUUAUGUUUUAAAAACUAUAAUUUCCUGGCUCCAUGAAUUAAUUAUUAACAUGCAGAACCAAAUUGAAUCAUCUCUGAGGAAGUGGCACCCCUCAGUGUCUUCUCCCAGUACUGUUCAGAGCACUUGGUCCUAUUUUCAAAGAGAGAGUGUGUAUAUAGUUAGUUCUACUGUGUAUUUAGGCCUUUAUGGAUAGCAGUGAAAGUCUCUGUCACGGUUUCGCAAAUGCACAUCUGAAAUAGACACUGGAGAUGUAAGAACAAAACUGUUUGUCCAAACACUAUUAUAUUCAGAGUAUGUGUUCAUUCUAAACACUAUAUUCAAAAUAUUUAUUUAUUAUUUUUAGUCUGUUGGAAUAACAUUGUGUGUUCACUUUCCCUUUGAAUCCAAACGAUGAUACGUUUGUGCCACCCAUAUUUUCUUCUGUAUGUUUUGCCGUCCGAUAUGAAUGGUAUGAUUUUUAUUUAUUUUUUACAUUGCCUUCACUGCACUCAGGAUACAUUUAGAUUGGAAUGCAGUACUUGUCAGUCAAAGACAAUGUCUCUUAUCAGAUAGUGGAUCACUGUACACACUUAUAUAUACCUCGGCUACAGAAUCAUUGCCUCAUGCAAGUCCCCUCUGAUGGGAAAGGAUAACAUGCCCAAAUCCCCCUUUUUGAGGUUACAUUUCAGGAUGUCUUACUGACAAAUAUGUGUGUCCUACUCUCAGAUGACUUCACAACAUACCUUAACUAGUUAUCGGUAGCAUUUUAGUGCCAGUGUAAGCCUUCAGAUGUCAGGUAUUAUCUCUGGGAACGUCUUUCGCUGAGACACAAGAAGGGCAGAAUCUUUCUUUUUCUAUUUACGAUGUAUGAACGUAUUAUACAUAUACUGUACAUACAUAGACAUCUAGCUUGCCAAUGGCACAUGAUAAAGAAUGGUCUCUUCAGGAUAAUUAACAACUCUCUCCUUGUUCGUGAGGAUGACACUCCGUUAUUGUGACCUAAUUAUCACCUAAUUAUUCACUUUCAUGAAAGGUGCACUAGCUAAACUCUUGGUAUCAGAUUCAUUUUAACUCUAGAUUACAUUCAGGUAUAUUUAAGUGUUUGCUGCAGAAAAAAAGAGAUAAUAAGAUUAGUUCUAUGUUCAUUUUGGUUUCAAUAAAAUCUAGAAGCAUUGUCAUUUUUAGAAGCUCUUAGUUCACAGUCAUUAUUUUAUAAAGAAACUAAACUUUUAUCGAGCAAUAUUAGCAGAUAGAUCUUAACAUACUGGUUGACUGUGCUAGCUUAUUAACAUUUGCUAGCUAGCCAAAUUAACUUGUUGGCUACUGUUAUAUUCACGCGUCAAUCACAUCAACCUUUUUAUGUUACCAUGGCAAAAAUUCAAUGAAAAUACAUGUCUUGUUGAGAAGGUGUGUGUGUGUGUGUGUGUGUGUGUAUAUAAUACCAUCUCAGCCUGAGCAUCUAAUUUGCAAGUAAUUGAUCCAUAAAAAACUGCUUUAUAGAGGCUAUAAAUUACAGAAGGUUGGGUCAUGGUGCUGUUACUAUACAUUAAAGUUUAAAAAAAAAAAUUUGACAAAAAAAAGGCCUGCCCCUGUUGCCAAUACAUGCCAUUUUCAUUGAAUUUUAGCCAAGUGGACUCUGCAGAGGGAACUCUGUGUUUUUGACUUGUUUUGCCCUACCAGGACACCUCAUUGUGCAUUAUCAUUUAUACCUCAGGACAUUCCAGAAUAUGGGAUAAUGGCCCAUAAUUCUUUCAUCAGGUUGAUGCACAACUCGAGUAGAUCUUGGUUAAUAUUUUUUGCCAACACUGCAGGAUUUUAGAUGUACACAAUGUUGCUUAGAUGGACGUUGAUGUUUUGAUAAAAAUAAAUGAUUCCUUCACUACAAGCAUUAGUUCAGAAGUUAUAUUUGCAGGCAUAUAAUACAUACAAUUGCCUAGAUUGUAAACAUUUUUUAGUGAGAUUUGGUAGUAACAUAUAGUAAAGGGACUUGCACACAUUACUUAUUACUUGUAUGUCAAUAGCAGUGUUGUCAAACACCAGUUUAACUUUAUGUUAGAUGGUAAACUUGUCUGGCUUCUGUGUUUUUAUUGUUUUAUAAAUUCAGGAAUUCUUUAGUUUUUUAUGUUUCCAUUUCUUGCCACUUUAGGGUUAAAAUCUUCAUUAUGUGUAACUAAUGAAGGACUUUGAAUUGCAUAUAAUGUUCAUCAUACAUAUUCAAAAAAUGUCUGAAUAUCUUUUGGCUUGGUAAAAAAAUUCACAUAUGAUUAAGUAAAAACAAAUCACUGAUUCACUUUCAUUGAUUACAUUAUUCUUGCAUUGACAAUCACUCAGCAUUACUCAAAAGGACACUUUAUUUUCCCAUUCAGAGCAUUAAAUGCAUUUCAAUUAAUAUAUUACAAGCGCGUUUGUUGUGCUGGCAGGUAAACAGGUUAUUGCGCUCCUCACUGACUAUUGUAGCAAAUCUAAUGGUUGACUACCUCAAUCUGGAAAACCCAUAUCACAGUCUACUGUGUUGUAGAUUGUGAUAUGGCUGUUUUAAUGUAGCAUUUUUUCAUUUACACAACACAGUCCAUUGUAAAAAUCUUAAAGCCAAAUAGUUUAUAGAAAGAGCUGUCAUACAUUAUAUAAGAUGGCAGAACAUCUGUCAAAGUGCAACCGUUUGUAAACAUUUCAGUGUAUCUGUGAAAUUAAUCGUGCCCCGCUCUAUUUAUUAUUUUCUUUGUCUCAACACUUGUCUUUUCAUUUUGGGGUGGGGAUGUUAUUCAGACAGUUAUGACCAAAAGCAUUUUUUAUUAUCCCCUGCUUUGGAUAAACUAUUUUUCCUCAAAGUGGAGGAGUUUCAUCCCCUUAUAUACCUACUCAAACUGAUACGUUUAGAAUUAUUUUAUGUAUGCAGUCUUUAUUAAUUGAUACUUACAAAUUAAUGGUUUUAUCAUCAAUUCAGUAACCAUGAAUGUAAAUUGCUUUGAUCAAACAAGAACUAAUUCACAUAGUGUUUAUAGACACAAGUAGAUCAUUUUAGACUAAAGAUAUAUUUAACUCUCUUUCAUUAUCGAUGUGGAGGGACAACAGUUAAGAUUGUCCCUCUAUAUUCUGACGCAAGUUGGGUAUCUUUUGCUUGUUUAAUAUAAUGUAUGUGGACAAAAGUCGAGUGACCCUGUCCAUACAAAUAUAUGUACAGAUAACGUAUAUUUGAUUUAACAUUAACAAUGUGUACAGGAAUGACACUGGAUAUGUUGUGCAUGAUUUGACAAAGUCAUAUGUGUCAGUGGGAAGUUAGUUGUAUAUUGUGAAAGUUUAUCUUUAAGGCAGUUUUAUUGAAAGUACUGGAGUGUUGGUGUGUUUACCGUCAAGUCAACAAUGUAUAAAUUAGAGUGUACUGUGAACGUGAAAUAUCCCUAAACCAGUUCUCAAUCUGGUUAAUGGUUCACUGAAGAUGUAUGAUGAAAUAUAGUAGUUCGUAAUCGACAGAUUAUCUACAUCCCUAAUGUGCAGUAUAUGAACAUCGUGGAAGAGUUAACACAAAUUGGUUUGUGUGCUUGUGAAAUAUUGUGGAAAUGAGUUUAGUUUGCUUCUGCUUGUUAUAUUUCUGGACGAAAAUGGCAUGUACACUCUGUCAGUUCCUUACUGUAAUGCUAAGUGAAACAAAGAGCGAAACCCUCAGGGAUGAAACACUUACCACUCAUUAUUCAGGUACUCCACUUUACUCCUUAGACCUUGCAAAGAGGGAUGUGAAGUUGAUGAGCUUAGCAAAAAAAUUGGUCCGGUGCCAGUUCCAGCAAAUGUUAUUUUUUAAUCCCGACAAAAUAUUUUCUAAUCUCAAAAAGUUAUAUUUGAGACAUGUUGGCAUGCUGUAGAAAUAAUUUAGUUUGCAGCCCAAAAAAGUAGAACAUCCUUUCACAGUUUUAUUGUUUUUAAUACUUUGUUACACACUGAAUGUCAAUAUAACCUCAUUGCGAGUAAGAUGGUAUUUCAUUAAUAACUUUCUCUCCAGUCCAGUGCCUCAAACAGCACAUAUUUGAUUUAAAAAUGUUUUUUAAGCAACACUAAAACUGUAUUUCUGGGGACUUCAACAACAAGUUCUAAGACUCACACCUCCUACUUCAAAGGUUGUAUUGUUAACAUUGCAAUUUAAAGCUUAAAUCUGGAAUGUUUUUGAAUCACUAUUCUAUUUGUUAGUCCAUUUAGUGGAGUAUACUAACAUCAGUUUGACACUGUUAGUUUGUAAGUAUCUAUUUCAAACAAAUUUUAGAUGAUGCUCAACUGAUCAUUUUCUGACUACAUGUGCAACAUGCAGUUGCCAGCACCUCUUGCUCAGCAGCACACGCUGUGAGAAAAGCUACUUCAAUUCAUCAUUACUCAGCAUAGCCUUGUGACAUGUCACCUCAGGGAUCCAGAUGUGGUUUCAUUUGUGUGUUCCUUUUCUUGUUAAAAGACCACAAAGAAUCUUGGGAAGGAUUUUUUUUUUUUUACAAAGAAAUAACCUUUUCAGUAAGAUUUAUAUAUUUUUGCUGUAUUGGUAUAAAUGUUCAAAGGCUCUUGGAGGGUUUUGUAAUAGAGCUACCUCACUCAAAAAAACGUAAGCCAGAAAUACAGAAACAAGCCCCCACCCAAACAAAACCUCACACGUAUUACAAUAACAAAAUGUGCAUGUUGCGCUUGAUUUUACUUUUAAUAGAUAAUUUGUCUUAAGUUGUUGAGCACUUGUGUCUAAAUGUCAUUUGUUGCACUAUUUAUUAAAUACAUGAAAGCCUGACAAAAAUGAUGUACACUAUAUUCCCCCCAUAUGUAUUUGCUCUUUAAGGUGAUAAACAUGUGUAUGAUUUGUUGUUAUCAAAAUGGGCAACCAUUACUAAAUGUCUUGUGCAUGUGUAAGAUUUCCUCGAUGUAUACGGUAACUAAAGGCACCACUGUGCAAAAAAGAAAAAUAUUAUAGCUGUAACAAUGUAAUUGGUUCACUGGUUGAAAGAUUCACUUUUAAAAUGACCUAUUCUUCUAAUAAAUAUGCAAUGAUAAACAUUGUUAAACAUUUGUGAAU